UGAUGCUUUAUAAGCAAAAAUUGGUUUGAAAACUGUCGUGAUUUAUUUUAAAACAGUUGCCGUUUUCUCAUGGAGCAGCAGGUGGCGCUGUUGUUUCUGGUCACCGUAGAAGAAGAAAGGAACAACAUAUCCGCAUUGAGGAGAAAAAAAGAAUCGUUUUUAUCAAAUAUAUUUAUUAGAUGUCGUUCUCAUAAUGGACGUGUCCGUGACCUCCCGCUGUCCGGGUCUGUACUGCGGUCGGCUCCUGGUGAACGGAUCUGUGGAGGGAGAAUGUGGGGUGUGUCCUCGAGGAGAACGGGCCAAUCAGGAGAAGGUGUGCGAGCGCUGCGACGAGUCCCCGGAGCUGUACGACUGGCUGUACCUGGGCUUCAUGGCCAUGCUGCCGCUGGUGCUGCACUGGUUCUUCAUAGAGCGCUUCUCUGGGAAGAAGAGCUCCAGCGCUCUGCUGCAGCACGUGACGGCGGCGCUGGAGUGCAGCGUCUCCGCUCUGGUCACCCUGCUGCUCACCGAGCCGGUGGGACUGCUGAGCAUCCGGUCCUGCCGGGUCCAGAUGCUGUCGGACUGGUACACCAUGCUGUACAACCCCAGCCCGGACUACGUGCACACGCUGCACUGCACGCAGGAGGCCGUGUACCCGCUCUACACCAUCGUGCUGAUCUACUACGCCUUCUGCCUGGUGAUGAUGAUGCUGCUGCGCCCUCUGCUGGUGAAGAAGAUCGCGUGCGGCCUGGGGAAGUCGGACCGUUUCCGGAGCAUCUACGCGGCGCUCUACUUCUUCCCCAUCCUGGCGGUGCUGCAGGCCGUCGGUGGCGGGCUGCUGUGUGAGUCUCCGCCUCUUUUACAGAGCGUUCCUGCAGUCUGCUGGUCUUCACGGCCGUCUGCUGUGUUUCAGACUACGCCUUCCCGUACAUCAUCCUGGUGCUGUCGCUGGUCACGCUCGCCGUCUACAUGUCCGUCUCUAAGAUCCAGUCCUUCAAAACUCUGGUGGCCAAGAAGAAGCGUCUGGUGGUUCUGUUCAGCCACUGGCUGCUGCACGCCUACGCCAUCAUCUCCAUCUCCCUGCUGGACAAGCUGGAGGUGGCGCUGCCGCUGCUGGCUCUGGUUCCAGGCCCCACCCUCUUCUACAUCGCCACCGCCAAGUUCACCGAGCCGAGCCGGAUCCUGUCCGAGGGCAGCAGCGGGCCCUGAGCGCCGCGGCCGUCCCGACCUCCCACCGACGGAGCAGGAGGUUCUGCUGCGGUUCUGAAGCCGGACCUUUGGCUCAGCGUCUCUGUAAAUGCUGUAAAUACUCGCCUGCCUGUAAAUAUCAGUAUUUAUGUUCACACUCACAGGAAUAAAGGUUUGAUACCUGGAG